GGCAAAAUGUCUGUGAAUCUAUAAUUGUAUGUAGGUGUGAUAGCAGGUUUGGUAUAGCUUGUAGUAUAUGACAGUUGACAGUUCGUUCAAUCAUGAUUUUGUGUAUGACGCUGUGGUUGCCAGGUUGUGUUCUAAAUACGGAUCGGAAGAGCGAUUCAACUGGUUUUGUUUUAGAUAAAUGAAAACAUAAUGACACACAAAAAUUGCAAGAAAUUAUUUGCUCGAUCUCAUCAAUACCUUUAAACGGAAACUAUGCGCCGGGUUUUACACGGAUCUGUGAGAGAGGGAUGGUGUAAGAAGAAUCUGGCAACCCAGACCCCAUCUGUCACUUACUCUGUCAUUGGGCAGGACACUACUAACAUUAUUUCAUGUUCGUAACGUUAUCCUACCUAAGGCCAUUAGCAAAGCUGUCACUGAACACCAGAAGGCAUGGGUUCGGGAGAGAGUACGACCAGGAAGGUGUCUUUCGGGGUCGAUGAUGAAGACAGAGUCAGGAUUCUUCGUGGAGUCAAGCUAUCAGAAGAUGUUCUGCAGAGGAUGAGAGGAGUAGCUAACAUCGCUCCAGAACGCAUAUCAUCAACCUCAGUCCCUCAGAAAGGCUCAGGUACCUCUGGCAGCAGCGGCAGCUCAAGCUCUCGAUCCCAGAGCCCACGGCACCGGGCCCAGCCCAGCACCCAGUCCAACAGCAGCAAAUCAGCCUCCUAUGCUGAGGAAGAACAGAAGAGGUAUGAACGCCAGCAGACAAUACUGAAGGAGGAGUUGGCCAAGAUGGCACAGAGAGAGAGCGAUGCAGCGAGGGAGAUGACGAAAGCCAUGAGCCGGGAAAGACUGCACACACGCCAGGAAGCCAAGAAGGCCAAACAACUGGCUCAGCAGCUACAGAAGAAAGAUGCCCAGCUGAAAGCGCUGGAUGCCUUCUACAAGGAGCAGCUGGCACAACUGGAGCAGAGGAAUUUGGAAAGAUACAAACAGAGCAAGGAGCAAUUUCACCAAGCUGCCUCCGAGACAGAAGCAAACGUGAGGUCUCGCAGUACAGACCCGGUGUGUUCUGGCCUGCAGGCUCAGAUUUUAUCCUGUUACAGGGAGAACAGGGACCAGACCCUAAGGUGCUCAGACCUGGCCAAAGAAUACAUGCAGUGUAUCGAUGCUGCAAAGAAGAACCUGCUGGUCAACCACGGAUGAACAGAGGGAGGAAAAGGGUAAAACAAUUAUCAAACGAAGGCUUUUAUUUUGGCACUAAGGGUGGCACCGGUGACUUCAUUUGCUGUUAGCAUGCCUUGUUUUUAAAACUUAUUAUGCUAUUUAUUAUUGGUAUCAUGCAGUUAAGUUGCUAUUUUUUUCUGCACAGCUACAGGGAGGCUUUUUGAAAAAAUAGUGUGUGCAUUAGUUUCAUGGUCUGAGUCAGUACACUUUGCAUUCAGUCAUUUACAUCAGCAGGAAGUACUUCUAAGAUUGAACUGUAAAGAUCCAUUCAGGGUCACUCCUCCUCCAUCUGAAUGUGAGAUUCACUUUACGUCCAAACUGCUGCUGCUUUUGUGGGGGAGAGGAAAGAAAAGCAUUUCAGGUGUGAGAUGAAUUGAGUGCAUAGGGACCGUCCUCGUUUUGAAGUCUGACUGAAAGAA